AUGCAUCAGCUCAAUGGACUCGACGAGCGUUUUGCGCAUCAUGGUAUUCCCUCAAAAAAGCCUAACAUCUUGCCUGGUCCAGAGCAUAGUUUCGUAAAUCGAACUGUAUCACCACCUGAUUCACGACCCACUGCUAUUGGAUUCAUGCCACUUCUAGAGCCCAGCGCAGAGCUCUCGCACAACUUCCCUCAGGACUCAUAUCAACUUGCGAACAGACGGCCGGACAGAUCGAAUGGAGGAAAUUUGAGCUUGCGUACCAUGACAAAUAAUGUCUCCAUGCCUGAAUACUCGUUCCUUGAACGCGCCAACACCGAUUCACCACACCAAAGAGCUCACUCGGUUCACUCAGCAGGGUCUCUCUCGUUGUCUUCCAUGUAUCCUCCACCACGGCUUGAUGAGAAAACUGGGGAGGCAGAUCCAUCGACUCGGAACGAUAGAUUGCUCCCUUCAUUCCAUCAAUUGAGCAAGAUAGCCGACAGUGCAACGGAAGUUACUGACACAAAGACCACUGGACUGCCAGCUCUCACCACAUAUGGCAGUCAAGUCAUUGCACAGACUGUUGCCACUUCUAUCCCCCACUAUCCACCACAACAGCAAGAUAGCCCUUCAACCAAUUUCAUGUUGCUUGGUCACUCGUCACCUACGAACAUCCGGGCCAACAGUCAUGAAAUGUACGCGCCCCCUCACUCCCAGACUUCUUUCACUGUCCCGAACGAUCGUAACCAAAGGCGCACGCCGGCUUCAAAUGCCAGACCUCCGCCCUUUAUCGCCUCUAUCAGUACAUCAUCUCUGGGAACAGGAUCUUCUACCGAUACCAUGAGCAGUCAUCACAGUCAUCAGAGCUCGGAAGCCGGGAUUCACAGCAGUGCUCACACCACUCCUAUGGAAACGACCCCAUCAUCUCUUGAUGGUCCAACAAAAGCCCCGGUACCUCGGUUGCAGACUUCGACUUCAGCGCCUGGGGGUUUCCUUUGCGAUCAUCCUGGUUGCACCGCCCCUCCUUUCCAAACUCAAUACCUUCUCAACUCGCAUGCGAACGUCCACAGCUCAAGCCGCCCUCACUAUUGUCCUGUCAAAGGAUGUUCUAGAAGUGAGGGAGGUAAAGGAUUCAAGCGCAAGAACGAGAUGAUUCGACAUGGGCUGGUUCACGACAGUCCUGGCUACGUAUGCCCCUUCUGCCCUCUUAGGGAACACAGAUAUCCUCGUCCAGAUAAUCUUCAAAGACAUGUUCGUGUUCACCAUGUGGACAAAGACAAGGAUGAUCCUUUACUGCGGGAAGUUCUGGCCCAGCGACCUGAAGGUGGUGGCCGAGGACGCCGUCGGCGAACAGGUCCCUCUUAA